UUUGUUUAAAGACACAAAAGAAAAAAAAAAGAAAGAACGAGAGAGAGAGAGAGAGAGAGAGAGGAGGAGGAGAGAUGGGUUUCAUUGUAGAAGGAGAAGAAGGCAAGGACGUCGUAAUGGAACCGCCUCCUAAUUUUUCGAUGGUGGAAGAAGGCAUUUACAGAUCUAGUUUCCCUCAUCCCUGCAAUUUCGCCUUCUUAGAAACUCUAAAUCUUCGCUCCAUCAUAUAUUUGUGUCCAGAGCCCUAUCCUGAGGAAAAUUUGGAGUUUCUUCGAUCUCAUAAUAUCAGGCUUUUCCAGUUCGGGAUUGAAGGGAAAACGGAGCCUUCUGCUGCUACUCUCAAGGAUGCCAUCAGGGCGGCUCUUAAGAUCUUGAUUGGUACUGAAUUCAUAAACAUUUUUUUUUUCCUUACCAGCAUGUUUUACCUUUACGGUUUUCUAAGAUAUUUUUAUUGUUUGUUUACAGAUGUGAGAAAUCAUCCAGUUUUGAUCCAUUGCAAACGGGGAAAGCAUCGCACAGGUAGCCUUGUUGGUUGCUUGAGGAAAUUGCAGAAUUGGUGCUUGUCAUCUGUUUUUGAGGAGUAUCAGCAUUUUGCUGGCAUCAAGUCCAGGACUGCAGAUUUGAGAUUUAUAGAAACAUUUGAGAUCAUAUGCCUCAGGCUGUGUCUUCACAGCAUCAUUUAUCAGUACCAAGGAUACGGAUCGAAAAAGAGGCGAUUGCUUUACAGAGAAGAGACUGCACAGAAGCCUCAAAUAACUUCAAUUUAAACGAUCCACACGUUGGCUUUACUCCGGUUCGAUGUUACAGAUAGGUUUUGUUCAAAUUGGUUUUUUUCUUCACUUUUUUAGAUUUGCCCUUAUACAGUUUUUAAAAACCAUUGUGUAAAGUACCUUCGUUUUUUGUGUGUACUUUUCCCUUUGGAAUUUAGUUAAUAUACAUAGGAGGAGAAGCAUUUUUGCAAAUCCCAAGUGACAUUUCUAGGUUCUGAAGUUCUGUUUUGCCAUAAGCACAAGUUGCGGUUAUUGAAAUUUUUACAGGGUAUGAUCAAUGAAGAAAUUGGUCUCCCUUUCUCAAUGCAAGAAUGUAUUUCAGUCUCUAGGUGACUACAUCAAUAUUUAAGUUUGCAUGAAUUUGCCAACUGAUAUCUGGGGAAAACUUUCUAAUGUCUAUGUCCUCUAAAGGAAGGAAAUGAAAUAAUCCAAUCACUCUAUAUAAUGAGAUCAGUAGCCUGCACCCAAAUC